AUGUUUGACAUAUCAUUGCUCACCGGAUUCCCCGAUGAGAUCAUCUACAACAUUCUUGAUCAACCUUGCUUAACCCUAAGUGAUAUUUACAACUUCCUAUUCAGCAAGGCAACCCACAAUAUAGCUCAACGUAUCCUCAACAAACGAGUGUUAGUUCAUUUAUCGGUUGGUAAACGACGCAACUAUGAAAGUUUGAUCACAUCAACUUACGAUUACGAAACAACUUGCGGACCUUAUCACUGGCAUAUAUAUUACAGCUUCACUACAGCCGAUCUAUUCCUACAUUGGUUAGUGACUCACCAUAGAUUGGAAAACUAUAUUAUCCAAAUCUUUAUUGAACAGUUUGAUAUCAAUGAACUAAAGGUGUUGAAAUUAUUAACGUGCAAAAGGUUAAAGAUCUAUCUCAAUUAUGAACAUGACUUGGGGAACCUGGUUCCCCGAUUUAAUGACAUCGUAUGGCCUUGCUUGAGAGAUAUUUUUAAUUUGGUAGAGAAUCGUACUAGUGUUGUUGUGGAAUACGAAAAUUUCAUUGACUCGCCAAUCCACAUUAAUCUAACCAAUAUUGAAGAAAUUGAAAUUAGAAACUAUUUCCCUACUAACAAUCCCUUUCACCUAAUCAAUGAUGUACCUUGCUUAACCAAAAUUAUCCUCAAUAACACCAGCAUGGUGCCGUUGGCUUUCUACCUCGAUUGUCGCGGUGAUAAUAUAAGUACAUUUAUCAUCAAGGGGCCAGUUGACAGUUUAGCUCAUGUGGGAAGGUUUUUACAGUAUCAGUGCCAUCAAAUUAGAAAUUUGGUUGUAACUCGAUGUCAUUUGCAUGACUUCAGUCGACAAUUUUUGAACCAUUUUGCUCCAAUGGGACUACCAAGUUUGCGCAAGUUAGAUUUGAGCAAUAAUGGAUUUGGCAAUUUGGAAAACAUCAACUUACAAAACCCUUUCCCCUUAUUGGAGAGUUUAGUCAUGAAAUUUGAAAUCCACAAGACAGUCAAGUUUAAAUUUAGUAAUAUUCAAUUGCCAGCGUCGUUGAAGCUGCUCAGUUUGCAAGACAAGAAAAUAUACAGUUUUGAUACUACACAAGGAGGACCUCAAAGAUUGACCAGUUUGGAUCUAUCCUACAAUUAUCCUUUGGACUUCCAUUUUGACAGUUUUGAAGAAAUUGAUUCAUUAAAUCUAUCAUACAACAGAUCGAUACUAUCAUCAAUCCAUCGGUUUAACCUUGAUGAUAUUGCCCGCUUCAUAUUUUGCAAAGUUGAAGAAUUGAAUCUACAGGGUUGUAAUAUAACAAAUGAAGAUUUGGAAAGUUUGGAGUUGCUACUAACACCCCAGGGCAACACUACACAAUUCAAUUCACUGCAACUCUAUGAUGUACCACUUUCACGACUUCGCAUCCUAAACCUAUCAAAUAACAAAUUAAGCAACUUGCGAUGCUUCAAUUCGAAACCAUUCCAAUCAUUGCCUUUACAACAGAUUGAUUUAUCCUUUAAUGCUUUCCAUUACUUAAACAAAUAUAAUUUCCCAUUCACCUUAGCCCGUUAUCCUCAUUUAUUGAAAAUCAACUUGACGGGUAAUUCACGAUUACUGAAUAUUCAGUUAAUGGAUGGUGCAGAUGACGAUGAAAAAUAUCCUAAAUUACAAACUAUGUACACUUCAAUUCGGACUGAAUGA